AUGGCCACAGCCACCUCCGCUUCCGUAAACAGCUCCUUCCCUCUCACCACCCCAAGACUACACCCUGUGCAACGAACAACUUUCAUUUGCCCCAUUCCCAGCUCCUCUGUACCUCCUCGGCUAUCCUCCUGUCGGCUUCGACUUCGAAUUCGUCGUUCCACUCUCACUCACGUCACAGCAUCCGUCAAGGAAAACGUUGGUCGACUUACAAAGAGUUGGAGUGAUUUCACAAGCCUGAAUUACUGGGUUGUGAAAGAUUAUUACCGACUUGUAAACUCGGUUAAUGCUUUUGAGCCACAGAUUCAGAUACUCCCUGAUGAACAGCUGACUACAAAAACCGAGGAGUUUAGACAUCGGCUUAGAGGAGGAGAGACUCUCGCAGAUAUUCAAGCUGAGGCAUUUGCUGUUGUUCGUGAAGCUGCAAAAAGAAAGCUCGGAAUGCGUCAUUUUGAUGUGCAGAUUAUUGGUGGAGCAGUGCUUCAUGAUGGGUCUAUUGCUGAGAUGAAAACUGGGGAGGGAAAAACCUUGGUUUCCACAUUAGCAGCCUAUCUAAAUGCCCUGACUGGUGAAGGUGUUCAUGUGGUAACGGUCAAUGACUAUCUAGCUCAACGAGAUGCUGAGUGGAUGGGUCGUGUUCAUCGCUUUCUAGGCCUUUCUGUUGGUCUUAUCCAAAGAGGGAUGACAGCCGAGGAGAGGAGGUUCAACUAUAGAUGUGACAUAACAUACACCAAUAAUUCAGAACUUGGUUUUGAUUAUUUACGAGAUAAUCUUGCUGGAAGUAGGGAACAACUUGUAAUGAGAUGGCCGAAACCUUUCCAUUUCGGAAUAGUGGAUGAAGUCGAUUCAGUCCUUAUUGAUGAAGGAAGAAAUCCUUUGUUGAUAAGUGGUGAGGCAAGUAAGGAUGCUGCCCGAUAUCCAGUUGCUGCCAAAGUAGCUGAACUGCUCAUACGGAACAUUCAUUACAAUGUGGAGCUCAAGGAUAAUUCAGUAGAACUGACUGAGGAAGGAAUUGCAUUGGCGGAGAUGGCUCUAGAAACAAAUGACCUAUGGGAUGAGAAUGAUCCUUGGGCUAGAUUUGUUAUGAAUGCUUUGAAAGCGAAGGAGUUCUAUAAGCGGGAUGUCCAAUACAUUGUCAGAAAUGGGAAGGCUCUCAUAAUAAAUGAGUUGACAGGAAGAGUGGAAGAGAAAAGACGAUGGUCUGAUGGGAUUCACCAAGCGGUGGAGGCUAAAGAAGGACUGAAGAUUCAGGCUGAUUCAGUUGUUGUGGCACAAAUUACAUAUCAAUCACUAUUUAAGCUAUAUCCAAAACUUUCAGGGAUGACCGGAACUGCAAAAACUGAAGAGAAAGAGUUUUUGAAGAUGUUCCAAAUGCCUGUUAUUGAGGUGCCGACAAAUCUGCCAAAUAUUCGUAACGAUUUGCCUAUCCAAGCAUUUGCAACUGCACGGGGCAAAUGGGAAUUUGUUCGUGAAGAAAUUGAGUACAUGUUCAGACUGGGUCGUCCUGUUCUAGUUGGAACGACAAGUAACUUGACUUCAGUCCAUUAUACGUCUUAUUGUUCCCAGUUGUCUGUUGGCAUUUCCGAAAGUUUGGAAGAGGACAGAGGGAUUUUGUAUGGCCUGAUUGCUGACCCCAUAAACCAAUCUUCCUGGGUUAUAAGUGGAAACUUUGUUCCUCUCUGGGGAGGUACAUGA